AUGGCUAUGAAGGAAGUGCUAAAGGAACGACUUGACAGCAGUUUAGAUGGUGAAGAGUUAACAGAGGCCCUGGUGUUAAUACGCACUAGAGCCGCAGACUUGGAGAGUGUCCGGAAGUUGAACUGUUGGGCUUGCAACAUUGGAGAUGUGAAUAUUGUCAGACGUAUGCCAAAUUUGGAAGUUUGCAGUUUGACAAUCAACAAGCUGACAAGUUUGCGAGACUUUUCUCACUGUCAUAACUUACAGGAACUCUACGUACGAACAAACAACAUCCAACAUCUCAGUGACAUUUACUACCUCAAACAUUUAAAGAAGUUGCGCUCUCUGUGGUUGUCAGAGAAUCCGUGUGCCAGUAGGGAUAAUUACAGGCCAACAGUUUUGAAAGUCUUACCAAAUCUGCACAAGUUGGAUAAUAUUGCUGUCACAGGAGAAGAAGUUGCAAGAGCUCAGACAGAAGGGGAUGAUCUUCCCAUCCCUGUGGAUUUCACAUUUUCUGGUGUUUUCAGUGAAACUGCUUUCAGCUCCGAGGACAGUACAGACGACAAAAGGGAGAAAUCUGCCUCAGUGUCGUCUGAGAAAUCUGCCUCAGUGUCCUCGGAGAAAUGGGCUCGGUCUCGACAAAAACGGCAGCAGAAGAAAAGAGAAGAGUACUUGAGGGAAAAGAGAGGAGCUGGAAAUGAUGGUGAUGGUGUUAAAAGUGGUGGUGACGGUAGCGCACAAAGUGGUGAGGAUGGAGGAGGAUACGGUAUGAGGAGUAGCAGCGACAGCGCGGAUAGUGAUGACUUAUUCUGCUCAAAGGGCAGUUCUAAACAUGAGGUGGUAGAACAAGAAUAUGAAAAAGAAGGAGUUGGUAAUAUUAAAAAGAUUGAUGAUGAUAAUGUUGACAUCAGCGAGGCCAAGAAAGAUAGUCCCAGCACAAUAGCUAAAUGGGCAUUAAACAUAGAAGUUCUCGAAAGCAAAAUCUUAGGUACCCAAGAUAACUUGGAAUUAGAAGUUGAAAUUCUAGACACCGUUAAGGAUUCUGAUAUCGAUGUUGAUAAAAGUGAUACAGGCAGGAAAGUAGUAGAAACAAAUGAAGAAGAACAGAAUACUUGCAGCAGUUCUGAAGAGGACAAGAUUUGUCAAAAUGACAGUGAAGUUCAGGAUAUAUCUGUAGAAAAGAGCAGUGUGGAAACUGGAUCUUCUAAAGUAAGCAAAUUGUUGAAUUCAUCUGUCUUCCUUGAGGCUAACCCUGAAGUGAGUAAUUCUACAGAGAGCAGCAAAUCUUUGAAUUUGAGUGAUAAGGACCUAACCUUGAAACUAACAUCAGAGAGCAGCAAAUCUUUAUUGGUGAGUGACAAGAACCCAGCCGUAAAACUGACAUCGAUUUUCAGCAUUGAUGUAGCCAAAAUGAUUCCUGUAGAUUCCAACACCAACGCACAUAUUGAUAUCGAUGCACAGACUGAUGAAAUUGUUCCGCUAAUUCUUGAAGAUCGCUUGGGUGAAGAUUUGAAGACUGAACUACCAGAUUUAGCAGUGGAGGCUGCAGGAAAUGAGACCAUAAGUUGUUUUCCUGAGGUGCAGUCAGUUUUUGACAGUAGGUUGUCUGUCAGUUUGGAAAAAUACAAAGCUGUAGGUUUGGGGAAAGAACUAGAGACAAAACUACCAGAUUUAGCAGUGGAGGUUGCAGGAAAUGAGACCAUAAGUUGUUUUCCUGAGGUACAGUCAGUUUCAGGCAGAAGGGAGCCUGUCAACUGGGAGGAAUACAAUCGCUUGAGGGUGCAGCUGGGAGUGGAACCGGUCAACAGAAUCCCUAUCACAACCAGGUCUUUCAGCAGUGACACAAUGAGGGCAAGAAACUCGAACAUUCUUCAAGCAGUUCUUUGUUUGGUCAAAGAUCUUGACAGAGACAGCCUUGACAUUGUGGCUGCAGUGGUGAAAGCUAGACUAGAUACCAUUUGA